AAUUUUCCCCUUUUGUCAACUUGACAGCUUCCUCACGAUGGUGUAACCUGGUCCAUAUUGACGUUCGCGAGAAAAAGAGACCACCUCUUUUGUCAUCGCUUCUUUCCGUUGCGCCUUCCCUUUCGCAGGCUCGCUUCAGGCCGCAAACUUAUUCGCAAACAGUGAGCAGUGUUUACCGGUAGAAGAGAACGCACGCCUGAAAGUGAGAUUGGCUUUAGCGGUAGCGUAGUAGAGGGGAUAUAUAACCUUUUCGCGUAGAAGAAGAAGAAGCACAUAUUGGAUGAAUCUGUUGUGCUGUUAUCUAAAAUUUUGUUAAAUGGCAUUUUUAGUUCGAAGCAGCAUCUGUUCGGUACGGUUUAGUCGCAACUACGCAUCAAUGUCGAAGAAACAGGGUCUGGUUUUGGGUGUUUACUCAUCGGACGGCAAGGAUGAGGUGAAGUUUACCCCUUACGCCCAGAAGUACAACGAAUCAACAGCUGGAAAGUUGCUCGAGCAAAUUAACAUAUCCACUGUUAUGUUCUAAGCCCCCCUUACACCUGAGUGUGGUGUACUCCGUUUUGAAACUGAAUGCGGCCAGUAGAGCCAAUAUUAGUAGAAGCAAACCUGCUACGAGCUUGUAGAUUCGUAGGACAACUACUUGUGAAGUGUGUGUGUGUGUUUGUGUGUCUGUAAAAGUAUAAUAAGAUAGGUUACAUCGCCAAGUGUCCGGUGUGAACUGUGAAUGAGGAUGGUGUGUAGGGCAAGUUCGUUUAAAAACCCAUCCCGAAUCGCAUCGUUUAGUUGACGAGCUGCUGACUUUCAAGCAUAAUAUAGUGUCGUAAAACGUGGGGGAUUUAAGGGCAUAUUUAGUUGUGUGGUGUUCGGUUGCCCGGUUUAUCUGUGACCUAAAAUCGCUGUUUGAUUGUUUUGAUCAUAAUAUAUCGCAAAGUGUUGGUGUCGUGGGGUGUGUAGCCACUACCUCAGUAGCAAAAAGCCCGGCGAUUGACCGGUAAGAAACAUGUCCUCAGGAACGGCGGGAGGUGGCGCAGGAAGUGGCGGAGGAGGAGGUGGAGCCGGCCUGGCUGGCAAUAGUAGUAGUAGCGGCGGUAGUAGCAGCACCAGCGGCAGCAAGAAGCGGCUCGCCACGCUGAACGGCAUCCCGGCGAGCGUCGACGACAAGACGAACGACUUUCUCUGCCCCAUCUGCUUCGAUAUCAUCAACGAGGCGUACAUCACGCGAUGCGGCCACACGUUCUGCCACCAGUGCAUCGCGCGAUCGAUCGACGUCGCGAAAAAGUGCCCCAAGUGCAACUAUCCGCUCGCGUCCCACGAGCACAUUGUGCCGAACUUUCUGCUAAACGAGCUCAUCACCAAGCACCGGUUGAAGGCGGGAAUUUGCGGUGGUGGUGGUGGUGGUGGUGGUCUCCUGCAUCGGCACAAAUCCCUGCCCGGUGAAAACUCACCCCAGUUGCAUGCGGGCGGUGUGGGUGGUGGUGGUGGUGACGCGAUGCCCGGCGGUGAAGGCGACACAUUGAAGCACUUUCUGGCGACGGAAUCGAAAAAGCUCUCCCUGUCGGACGUGAACGUGAUGCUGGAGAUACUGACGCAGCGCAAAACGCUGCUGGAAGCGGAAUCGUGUGCCGCGCAAAACCGACUGCUGCACGAAUUCUUGAAACAUCUGCUGAAGCAGAAGGAACAGCAGCAGCAGCACAUCGCGAACGAGAUCGCACUGAUCCGGAACGAUCUGCUCGACGUGGAGAAGGUGCUGAAGGACGUGCAGAGCAGCUGCCCGACGGUGGCGGAGGUAGAGCAGAGCGUCCGGGACGAACAAGACGAGAAUGUGGUCGCGAUCAAGCGGCAGAUCAUACAGAUCAUAGACACGAUCGAUAAUAUUACGGUGCCGUCGAAUCGAUCGCUGAUCGACGAAACGUGCUCGAACGCGAGCGAAUCGUACGAAGGGUUCAAUCUGCACGGCGCACACCGUGGCCAGGGAUCGCUGGCGGGUUCGCUAUCGUCCACGCCGUCCUCGUUUUUGGCCCGAAAGCAACGGAUGUACCAACACUUUGACGACUUUGUGCAGUGCUACUUUGCGGCUCGGUCCGAAGAUCUGUACUUCGGGAAGGAUCGUUCGUGCAGCUCCGAUUCGCUCGGGGUUGGCGAACGAUCCACCUCGAGCGGUGCUAGCAUCGGUACGGGCACGGGUCUCGGCGGUGGCCUGGGCGGCAGUUUAAGCAGCGACCGGUUAAUGGGUGCCGCCACCGCCUCGAACGCUUCCAGCCAGUCUAAUCUCGACAAUAAUACGCGGUCCAGCGGACGCUCGUCGCUGGACACAUUCCGGGAGAGUUUGAGCAAAUUCUCCAAGUACAGUGCGCUGCGGCCGCUGGCCACGCUCAACUACUCGAACGAUUCGAACUUCGUCUCGACGAUCGUGUCGAGCAUCGAGUUCGACAAGGACAGUGAGUACUUUGCGAUCGCGGGCGUCACGAAGCGGAUCAAAAUCUUCGAUUACUACACCGCCAUCCGGGACGCGGCCGUGGACAUCAACUAUCCGAUCAACGAGAUGACGUGCAACAGCAAAAUUUCCUGCGUCAUCUGGAACAGCUACUUCAAGCAGGUGCUGGCGUCGAGCGAUUACGAAGGCAUCGUUACGAUCUGGGACGUGCAGACGCGCACGCGCACGAAAACGUUCGAGGAGCACGAUAAGCGGUGCUGGUGCGUGGACUUUAACGAGGUCGACACGCGGCUGCUUGCGUCCGGGUCGGACGAUGCGCGGGUGAAGCUGUGGUCGCUGAACGUGGACCAUUCGGUGGCCACGAUCGAGGCCCGGGCGAACGUGUGCUGCGUGAAGUUCAAUCCGAAAAGCUCGUGCCAUUUGGCGUUCGGGACGGCGGACCACUGCGUCAACUAUUACGAUCUGCGCAAUCUGAAGCAACCGCUGUGCCUGUUCAAGGGACACCGGAAGGCGGUAUCGUACGUCAAGUUUCUCAACACGGACGAGAUCGUGUCGGCCAGCACGGACGGGCAGCUGAAGCUGUGGAACAUCAACUCGCCCCCGUUCUGUCUGCGCUCCUUUACCGGCCAUAUUAACGAGAAGAACUUUGCCGGGCUCGCGACGAACAAUGAUUAUUUGGCGUGCGGCAGUGAGGACAACUCGCUGUGCGUGUACUACAAAGGCCUUUCCAAGCAGCUGUUUAACCUGAAGUUUUCGAGCACCGGUGGCAGCACGGGUGGAGGUGGUGGGGGUGGUAGUGGUGGCGCUGGAACGGGAAGUGCCGCCGGUACCGGAAGUGGUAGCAAUAGUAGCUCGCGCACGAGCGGCCUCCAGUCGACCGAUAUGGAGCGCAGCAACUCGGAAGGGAACGAGUUUGUGUCGGCGGUUUGUUGGCGCAAGCAGAGCAACAUCAUCAUUGCGGGAAACAGUGAGGGUGUAAUUAAGAUUCUGGAAAUAGUGUAGAAAGGGUCCGGCAGGUUCAACGGGGCGUGGUAAGGAUAACGCUGCACAAUAAACGAUGGUACGAGCAGGCGCUGUGCAGAAAGGGGCGGAAAGUGCCGUUAUUUAGUGAGUACUUUUGCAACCACCCCAAAAGCAGGGAGGGUGGAUUGUAGUUUUGUAGGUAGGGCAAAGGGACACGGCUGGAAUAAUGCACACCAUGCCAGUAGUGUGUGUGCGUGUGUGUGUAGGGAGAAUUUUUCUAAGGAGAAGAACAGCCAAGCUAACAAGCCCUUAUAUUUCAAAUCGUGGUUUUAUCUUCCAAUGCGCCAGCAUCCCAGUUUUGGAGGUAUAAGCAUAUAGUUGUUAGAAACGAUGAUGCAUAUUGCAUCGGAUGUAUGUAAAUUCGUUUAUUAUACGUCAACAAGCGAGCGUCAGAGGGACGCGAUUCCUUUGAAGUUGAUUUAGUUGACAGUAAAAACAAAAAUCGAGUUCGUGUUCUUUACUAAUAGAAUUGUUUUAAACCCUAGACGGAUACAUUUGCUGACUUGUGCAGAUUUGUCGAUAGUGUUGUUUCGCUAUGAAUUUUAAUAAUUCUCAACCAACUUAUCAUUCGUUGUGCAAACAGGCAAACUACUUCACUACAGAGGGAAACAAGGUAUAGAAACCAAUCACGAAAAGCAAUAUUAUCAACGUUUUUGGGUGUACUUACUUUAAUAAGGAUCGGUUCAGACAGAAUUGCUCUAGGUUGUUUCACCUAUCCUCAAGAUGACUCCCGAACCUAGAACACUUAGUCGUAGUCGUCCAAAAUGUACUGCCACUUGCGUGUUUCGGAUCCUGUCGUAGGAAUAUGGGUUUGAUCUUCAUAUAUUUUCCAAGCUCAAAACAGUUAGUUUGAAACUACAGCAAGUUUCACCUUCCCGCGAACAUCAAACAAUCUAUGCUUUGGAUAGCGGGUAGUUGAGGUCUCGUACGAGUGAUGUGCAAACUGAGCCAGAAUAAGUGAAUGAGUUAAAUCUUAGCAAUGAGCUGAGAUGAUUUAAAUCACCUUCUUCUUCUUCUUCCUUGGCACUACAACCUCGAGAAGUCGCGCGGCCUGCCAUUUCUGGCUUUCUGUGACUUGAUUUUACUGACUGUCGCCUCACUCAAUGCGAUUUAACUCACUCACUGCGUUUUUACAUCCCUACCUGCGACUUAGCUCACUCGUGAGUUUAACAUCGCAAUACAUUACAUUUUAUCUCAUACACAAAUUUGAUUGACUAAAAUCAUCUUGCCGAUGUGUUUUAAUUUAUCUAAGCGAUAUUUACAUCAAGAGUGAGUUAAAACGAAGCAAGUGAGUUGAAUCGUAAUGAGUGAGUACGGAGCGUUCAAGCACCAAUGAGUUAUUUAGCUCAUGAGUAAAUUAAAAACACUGUGAACGAUUGAUCAGUCGGUUCGGAGGGCUAAAUCAUUUAGCUCAAGAUUAAACUGUUAAACAGGGAGUAUAAGAUUCAGCUCACUCUUCUAACUAAUUCACGUUACUGAGUGGCUAGGCUCCAUCACUAGUCUCGUUCUUCCUUAACACGCUCUUUAAGUUAAGUACACUUCGCAAAAGGUCCUACUUGGCAAGAUUUUUUACCAUGCACCUUAGCCGCAAUAAACAUUGGUUGGACCCAUCCCGUAGGUCUUUUCGUUUCGAUCCACCGUAGUCAGCAAAGGGACAUCGCAACAAGCUUUAGGAUCACCCUGGGUGUAUUCUGUCAUUUUAAGCAUUAUAGUUUGAGAACAUUGCAAUAUAAGGAGUCGUCACAAAAAAAUCGUUCGGGCCACUGACGCAGGUUGAUCCAAUACUAUACUAAACUGUACUGUAGAGAGAUGCCAACAAUUGCUUUUACGUUAGGGAAACAGACUGCAAUAAGGGCUAGUGUCUGGAAGAAGAGAAGGACAUUCGAACACAUUCUCCAUAAAGAUAUAUUUAAAGCUGCAAAAGCAAGCAGGAUAGAGAGAGAGAGAGAGAAGGGAGAGACAAAGAGACCCGCUAUUUUUGUGAAAGGGGAAAGAUAAAAUAAGGACCAUGUGGCUUUCGAAACCGGUGAUCAAGUCAAAAGGGAGGGAAACGUUAGAAUUAAUUGCUUAACAUUUAUCUACCCACAACACUUUAGUUACUGGCAAAGGACGUGCUGUAAAGGUGUGCUGCUACCAAUACUACUUCGUUGCGAACCCUUUUCUUCGUCCACGCUCGUAUUUGAUUAUUUCUUAUUGCAAAGUUGGAAAUGAACGUGUGUUUCCUUCCUUAACGACACAAACAAAAUAAAGAAUCCGUUCAAAUCUCUUUCGUA